AAAAUAAAAGUCAAAUAAGAAAAGGAGAGAAGGACCCACUCAGAUUCAACGCCCCACCACACCACCGAUAACUCAAUUAACCCCGUCUUUGGUUGUGCAACUCUGAGAGAGAGCCAAGCCAUCGUCCUCUUCCUCUUCUUCGAUCUCUCCUGAAUCCUCAAACCCUGGAGAGAGAGAGUGUGACGGGGAAGAAGAUGACCUCUGCUUUGUAUGCUUCCGAUUUGUUUAAGCAGCUCAAGUCAAUUAUAGGGACCGAUUCGAUAUCGGACGAUGUUGUACUUGUGAUUGCAACCACGUCUUUGGCACUAGUAGCUGGCUUUGUGGUGUUGUUAUGGAGGAAAACGACGGCGGAUCGGAGCCAGGAGCUGAAGCCUUUGAUGAUCCCUAAGUCUCUUAUGGCUAAAGACGAGGACGAUGAUUUGGAUUUGGGAUCCGGGAAGACCAGAGUCUCUAUCUUCUUUGGUACGCAGACUGGAACAGCUGAGGGAUUUGCUAAGGCAUUAUCAGAAGAAAUCAAAGCGAGAUAUGAAAAAGCAGCAGUCAAAGUCAUUGACUUGGAUGACUAUGCUGCCGAUGAUGACCAAUAUGAAGAGAAACUGAAGAAGGAAACUUUGGCAUUCUUUUGUGUUGCUACUUAUGGAGAUGGAGAGCCUACUGACAAUGCUGCCAGAUUUUACAAAUGGUUUACGGAGGAAAAUGAACGGGAGAUAAGGCUUCAACAACUAGCAUAUGGUGUGUUUGCUCUUGGUAAUCGCCAAUAUGAACAUUUUAAUAAGAUCGGGAUAGUUCUUGAUGAAGAGCUUUGUAAGAAAGGUGCAAAGCGUCUUAUUCAAGUCGGUCUAGGAGAUGAUGAUCAGAGCAUUGAGGAUGAUUUUAAUGCCUGGAAAGAUUCGCUAUGGUCUGAGCUAGACAAGCUCCUCAAAGACGAGGAUGAUAAAAGUGUGGCAACUCCUUAUACAGCUGUUAUUCCUGAAUACCGGCUGGUGAUUCAUGAUCCUAGUUUUACAACUGAAAAAUCAAGGGACUUAAAUGUGGCCAACGGAAAUACUGCUAUUGACAUUCAUCAUCCCUGCAGAGUUGAUGUUGCUGUGCAGAAGGAGCUUCACACACAUGAAUCUGAUCGGUCUUGCAUUCAUCUCGAGUUCGACAUAUCCAGGACGGGUAUUACAUAUGAAACAGGUGACCAUGUAGGUGUAUAUGCUGAAAAUCAUGUUGAAAUAGUUGAAGAAGCUGGAAAAUUGCUUGGCCACUCUCUAGAUUUAGUAUUUUCCAUACAUGCUGACAAGGAAGAUGGCUCCCCAUUGGGAAGCGCAGUGCCGCCUCCAUUCCCUGGUCCAUGCACACUUGGGACUGGUUUGGCAAGAUACGCAGACCUUUUGAACCCUCCUCGAAAGUCUGCGUUAGUUGCUUUGGCGGCGUAUGCCACUGAACCAAGUGAAGCCACAAAACUUAAACAUCUGACAUCACCUGAUGGAAAGGAUGAAUACUCACAGUGGAUUGUUGCAAGUCAGAGAAGUCUUUUAGAGGUGAUGGCUGCUUUUCCAUCUGCAAAACCCCCACUAGGUGUAUUUUUUGCUGCAAUAGCUCCUCGUCUACAACCUCGCUACUACUCCAUCUCAUCCUCGCCAAGAUUGGCGCCAAGUAGAGUUCAUGUUACAUCCGCACUAGUAUAUGGUCCAACUCCUACCGGUAGAAUCCACAAGGGUGUGUGUUCGACGUGGAUGAAGAAUGCAGUUCCUGCGGAGAAAAGUCAUGAAUGUAGUGGAGCCCCAAUCUUUAUUCGAGCAUCUAAUUUCAAAUUACCAUCCAACCCUUCAACUCCAAUCGUUAUGGUGGGACCUGGGACUGGCCUAGCACCUUUUAGAGGGUUUCUGCAGGAAAGGAUGGCACUAAAAGAAGAUGGAGAAGAACUAGGUUCAUCUUUGCUAUUCUUUGGGUGUAGAAAUCGACGGAUGGAUUUUAUAUACGAGGAUGAACUCAAUAAUUUUGUGGAUCAAGGCGUGAUAUCUGAGCUCAUCGUUGCAUUCUCCCGUGAAGGAGCGCAGAAGGAGUAUGUUCAACAUAAGAUGAUGGAGAAGGCAGCACAAGUUUGGAAUCUAAUAAAGGAAGAAGGAUAUCUCUAUGUAUGUGGUGAUGCUAAGGGCAUGGCGAGGGAUGUCCACCGAACUCUACAUACCAUUGUUCAGGAGCAGGAAGGUGUGAGUUCGUCAGAGGCAGAGGCUAUAGUUAAGAAACUUCAAACUGAAGGAAGAUACCUCAGAGAUGUCUGGUGAUUAAUGAUGAUUUAUUGGUAUUCUCUACUUUUUCAAGCUUUCUUGGUACGAAGACUGUUCUUACCAAUUAUAUAUUUAUUUGUUUAUUUUCAUUCGUCUCUCUUCUUUUCUUUCUUAUUAUAGUCAAACAUGAAUGGUUUGUCAAAGUUGUCUUUGUAUGAACAAAAGUAUAAAACUAUCAAAUAAAUCUGGAGAGUUAUAAAAUUGAGAGAAGAUUUCAGCA